AAAGCCUCCACGCCACACCGUCGUCGUCUCCUCCUCCUCCGUCUCCCUUUCGUCCGCCUCCUUUCCCCUUCGCCUCCCCACCCCCGCGGCCCGCGGCAGCUGCUGCGGGCAGAUAUUUCUCCACCUUCCCUUCGCGCCGGUCCCCGAUUCCAGCCCCCUCCUGUCUCGCCCACCGCUCCCUGGACCCCCCGCCCGUCGCGCGGAGAUCGGAUUGCUCCCGCAAACCUCGCCGAUUUCUGCCUCGAUCGGGAUUGGUGGUGGAUCUUCUCGCCCCUCGCCCUCCAUCGUCUUCUAAACCUAUGGCCGUGGCCGCGGCGCCCGGUGCCGCGCUGCUGCUUCGCUGCUACUAGGCCCGCCGGCGGAGCUGCCAUGAGGCGGGGGCCCGGCAAGGAUGAGGCGCCGGACAAGGUCAUGGGCCCGCUCUUCCCGCGCCUCCACGUCAACGACACCGUCAAGGGCGGGCCCCGCGCGCCGCCCAGGAACAAGAUGGCGCUCUACGAGCAGUUCAGCGUCCCCUCCCACCGCUUCAGCGCCGCCGCGCCCGCACCCGCGCCCGCGCCGCCGUGGCACGCGCACAUGCCCGCUGCCGGCGUGGCAAACUCCGGCGUGCCAUCAACGUCGGCCAGCCAGGCUGGCGGGAGCGACAGACCACUCUUCCCAUCAUUUUGUGUGCCUUCAACUGAACCUGUUCGUUCAUCAGAUCAUAUGAAUGCCAACUCCAAUGGGCUGGCUGGCAAUGCAACAAGAGCAGAAUCUGGGAGGCAAUCCACACAUCUUAAGAACAAGGAUACCAAUGCUGCAGGACCAACUGCAGAUUGUAGUUCAAAACAUAGAGAGAACAUGAAUAGGACUUCUUCAGGGAAGAAAUUGACUAAUGAUGAUGAUUUUACAGUUCCUUCGGUCUUAUAUUCUAGGAUGCCUCCACAUUCCACUCAAGAAAAGGUCACCCACUUCCCUACCACAAGUCCAUAUAAGAAUGUGGCUGCAAUAUCUAAAUCGGCUACAAAAUGUUCUAACACUGACAAGAGACACUUAGAAGGAAUGAAAGUUUCUGAUGCGAAAUCAAGGGAGUCUCCAGGAGUUAAGGAGAAAGAGCCAGCAAAAGCGAGGAUAGACUUGGAAAUCAAAGAGAGGACUUCAUCAUUUCAAACAUCAAAAGAGAAGUCGGGGAGACAAGACCCAAAGGUAUCUUCAUUCAGGGACAGGCCGAACAAAUAUAAUGUUGCUGAUAAGCAACAUUCUGAAAUUGAGAGUUAUCAUAGUAAGAGCAGGAAGGAAAAUGCUGUUGAGACCGAGAACCCUCCAAAAGCUAAAAUGGCACCAUCAUCUAAGCCAUAUGCUGAUAUGGAACAGAAUGGUAAUUCUGAUAUGUUGGAGCAUGACUUAAGAGAGACAGGUGAGAAGAGGAAAAGGUCACAUCAUGGUGUGGAGCAAAAUGAUGAUUUCUCUGAUUCCUCGGUGGAAUCUCUACCUGAAAUGGAGAUUUCUCCAGAUGAUGUUGUCGGUGCUAUUGGCCCAAAGCAUUUUUGGAAAGCCAGAAGAGCUAUUGUCAAUCAGCAGAGGGUUUUUGCUGUCCAAGUAUUCGAGCUGCAUAGAUUGAUCAAAGUGCAGAAGUUGAUCGCGGCAUCUCCACAUCUACUUAUUGAGGGGGACCCAUGCCUCGGCAAAUCCUUGGUGACAAGCAAGAAAAAGCUGCCUGGAGGAGAUGAUGCUGAAAUGCAGCUUCAAUCUGCUAAAAACAAGGAUGACAUGCAACCAACUCUGCAGCAGCUAGAGCACACAAAAGAUAACACCGAAGCGAACCAGCCUUCACCAACUCAAGAUGAUGUGGUUGGAGUCCAACGUAACAAUCAAUCUGCAGCAAAUGGUGCUGUUACCAGUAAUCCUCCUACGAUGCCUACUCCUGACAACAGGCAGAACAGUUGGUGCGUUCCUCCACCUUCGAAUCAGUGGCUAGUUCCUGUCAUGUCUCCAUCUGAAGGACUUGUCUACAAACCUUAUACCGGACACUGCCCUCCGGCAGGAAGCUUCUUGGCCCCGUUUUAUGCCAGCUGUGCUCCAGUAAGCCUCCCUUCCACAGCUGGAGAUUUCAUGGGUUCACCCUAUGGUAUUCCUAUGCCUCAUCAGCCACAACACAUGGGUAUUCCUGGUCCUCCACCCAUGCCACCGAUGUACUUUCCAUCCUUUAGCAUGCCAGUGAUGAACACAGCAGUGUCAUCCUCAGCAGUUGAGCAAGUGAGUCAUGUUGCAGCAAAACGGCCUAAUGGCCACGUAGAGCAGCAUUCACGGACCUCGUGUAACAUGUCUAACUUGAGGAGCGAAGCACUGUCAGCCGGCAUUUGGAGAUUCCAUGCAUCAAAGGACAGUGAGCUGCAAGGGAGCAGCGCAAGCAGUCCUUUUGAUAGACAGCAAGGUGAAGGAAGGGGUCCUGCGCCACCCUUCCCUUCAUCCUCAGUUGGAAAUGUUCAACCUCAACCUUCAACCGGGAGCAGGGAGAAUCCUGGCCGAGUCAUUAGGGUUGUUCCACACACUUCACGCACUGCUUCAGAAUCAGCAGCGCGAAUUUUUGAGUCGAUACAGAUGGAGAGGCAACAAAAUGACUCAUGACUCACAAUUGUAUGCUGUAUGUUUCUUGAUUGGUAGAGCUAUAUACAUGUUUAGCUGAGAGCCUAGACUAUUAGUGCUAGCUGCUGUAUUAUUUUUGACCGGUAAUUCUAGUUACAUAUAAUUGCCAUAAAUUGGCUGACCUGAUGUUUUGUUCAUUGUAAAUAUGUGCACUCAGGUGUCUGUCAGAAUGAUGGCCUUGUUGUAAUAGUACAUCUGUAGCUAUGUUGGUUACAAUGCUGUAUACGGGAACUUUAAUUUUGUAUCCUUGAAAAGGAUUUCUCCCUCU